AGGUAUUGGUAAAGUGUCACUAAAAGUCUUGUAAAUGCCCAACGAGUAAAAUUACAUGCCAAAUAUCUCCAAGCUAGGAACUUGCAUACCUACUGUACGUACGUGCUGUAUAUCUGGAAGUUCAAUUUACCAACCAACUAGGGAGUUCGUUUAUAUGUGCCUGUGUCGUAAGCAAGUUUUUACCUUUCGGGAUGUACAUCGGAGAGCCCCGCUCUCGGACGCCUCUCCAUCAUCACGUUCAGUUGCUUUCGAGAGCUCAGAGUGGUUGCACGUGGCUCUUUCUUUGGCGUGAGUGACUGACGGAAGAACGACGAGGAGUCGCCGUGGUUUUUGUCAUUGCUAUUCCCGUGUGUGAACUCCUGAAUUCAUGAUUCCUCUGAUUUCCGCUGUCAGCUCGUCAAAUCCCACACCAACCAUGAAUCACGUUAUUUUGGUAGUUUUCCCAUCACUUCUCUGUCUAUUCUCACAUCUCGUGGCCGGUCAACAACCCCAAUGCACCCAAGCCGGAUUCUUUCGAGACCCCGAGGAUUGCACACGAUUCUAUCGGUGUGUGGAUCUCUGGGGCGUCGGAAACUACCAAGUCUACACGUUUUCAUGUCCGGCUGGAACAGUUUUCGAUGAAUCCGUGAGUGUCUGCAAUUGGCCGUAUCUUGCCGCACCUUGUGAUCAAGCCCCCACGGGCAGCGUUCCGGAUCCCGCACCAGUCGCUCCAAUCGCUCCGAUGCCCCCUGUAGCUCCAAUCGUUCCAACCCGGCCAGAUACGGUGGUGGUUGAACCCUCAUUUAAUUAUCAAUGUACAGCUCCGGGAUUUUUCCCACAUGCCAGCGACUGUCAACGAUUUUGGCUUUGCAAACAGGACAUGACGGUUUUGGACUCCCAAUUAUUUCGCUGUCCAGAGGGGUAUCUCUUCCAUGAUAUGGUGCGAAGGUGUCUGAAGGAGGACGAGGUCGAAUGUGACAAGACUCCGAAUUUGGGCAGGAUCUCGUUGGAGCCGGAGCCCAUUCAACUGCGAGAGGAGAACCUCGCCGGAUUCUUCAGCAGCUUCAGUUUCUUUAGGAGUCUUGGUGCUGGUCCUGUUGCAAUUCCGUUUGCUGGGCGGAGAUAGGAAUUCGAUUACGAGACGCCUCCCUAUCAUCUUUAAUAUAGGUCAGAAGACAUCUAACUACCCUGGCAUUGCCACUCCCUUAAAAUGCAGGUAGAGGCAGGAUUUUAAGGUACUCGCAUGAGUUUACGAGCUCUGCACUCCAUCCCUCUUAUGAUCUUCACAGGCAUUACAGAUGUUGUCCAACAGAAAUCAAAGCAAAUCACUUCACUUUGGCUCUUGAUCAGCUACAAUCCUUCACCAGAUAGAUGAACGAAUGGUCUUCCCUUUGUUACCUUCACACUGAAAGAGUUACCAAUCAAUUUCUCAUCCCUCCCUCAUCGUAUCAAGAACCAUUACAAACCAUUAAUACACAUUGCACGUCAAUUACCCGUCCAUCUGAAACCCUGUGCAGAUUGGAUCUUGCCAUACAAAUCAUCCUCACAUUUAAUCAUACAGUUCAAAUACAAACAUCAAAACCAG